AUGAAGUCUUUCAUGGCCAUGCUGCCCCUCGCGGGACUCGCUCUUGCGCAGGGACAGUGCGCGCCGGGCAUUACUGUCACUGAGACCUCGAUCGAAAAAAUCACCGUUACCGUCCAGCCCACCUCAAAUGCUGCGCCUUCCGCGAUCGUUACCCCAAGCACGGAGGAAACGAAGCCGUCGCCAACCCCACAGGUUCCCUACUACCCCAUCGGAAACACGACCACUAACGGCCCCUCCGCCUUUCCCACGCACACACCCCAUGCUCCGACCACCCUGGCGACGUUCGUCCUCCCUUCGUCGGAUCUUGUCUCUUCCUCUACUUCGAGCAAGAAGGUCAAGACCGUCUACGUCGUCCCCUCGCCGGUCGGUGCUUCAUCGUCGGCCUCCCAGGCCGCUGCCGCCACGAGCUCCGUAGUGGCGGCGCCCGCUCAAUCGUCCCAGGCUGCUGCCGUCUCUGACACUGCCGCUGAUGAGAACACCAGCGCUGCUGGCUCGGUCACAGGUACUGCUUCGUUCUACGGUGGAAAUCUGGCCGGCGGAGCUUGUUCAUUCUCGGGAUACACUAUCCCUUCCAGCCUCUUUGGGACAGCCUUCGGAGGAAGCUGGGAUGCUUCACAGUGCGGUUCCUGUGUUGAGGUCACGAACGAGGCUGGCAAGAGCAUUAAGGCUAUGGUCGUCGACCAGUGCCCCGAAUGCGCCGUCAAUAAGCUCGACCUCUUCGAGAACGCCUUCACUCAGAUCGGCACUAAGUCUGAUGGCAUCAUCCCUAUCACUUACUCCAUCGUUCCCUGCGGCAUCACCUCGCCUAUCGUCUUGAAGAACAAGGAAGGUACAUCGCCCUACUGGUUCAGCAUGCAAGUCAUGAACUCCAACGUUGCCGUCUCCAAGCUCGAGGUCUCGACCGACGGCGGCUCCAGCUGGAAGACCACUACGCGCAGCGCUUACAACUUCUGGGAGAACUCCUCUGGAUUUGGCACAGAUAGUGUGGACGUCAGGGUCACCGGUGUCAAUGGAAAGACUGUCACCGUCAAGAGCGUCAGUGUUGCGGCGUCGUCAACAAAGACCGCGAGCGGCAACUUCUAA